UUUUGUAAAGGAAUAAUUUACGCAAAUAGCCCAAAAUUUAAUGAUCUUCAAAACUAAAGUUGUUCCCAGUCCCCGUAAGUUGGGAAAUUUGAGAGAUUUUUUUGAAAACUCCCCGUCUCCGUCUCCCCACGUAAAAAAGGUUUCCCCGUCCCCCCAUGGCUCCCUCCCCGAAAAUUGUUCCCCGUGGCCUUCCCCCGCGUCGGGGAACAACCCUAUUCAAAACAAUGAAAAAAGUCAAAAAACUCUAAGCAUUAAUAAUGCCUGUAUAAUAUUAAAAAUUAAAAUUUUCAGUGAAAUAAACAGAAAAUAA